AUGAAAAGUAUGCCACUUACACAGAAUUCAUUAAAUGAAGCAACCGAUACAGUACAAAUAAAUGAUGAUCAAAUGACAGAAAUGGUUUGGUUUAAAAGUUCAGUAGUUAAAAUUGUAUUAUUUGUACUUGGAGCAAUUUUACUAUGUUCCAUUGUGUUGAUACUUUUAGCGACAGCUUUAACACAUACAGCAUGGUUUCUUCGAAGAAGACGUUCUAUUCAUAAACGUUUAGAUUCAUCAAAUAGAUCAAAAUUAGAAAUGAAAGAUUAUAUGUUACAUUAUUUCUGUUUUGCUGUCGAAGCGCUUGCAAUAAACUCUGUAAAUGAUAGUGAAACUUCGUUAAAACAUACAAAAUUUUUUGCUUACAAAAAAAGUGAAAAUUCCUAUGAACAACCAUCAUUACCUUUACGAUUUCAACCUGAAAAACUAUAUGGAACGACAGCAGUAUUGCACAAAGAUAGAAGUCGAAAAGGAAGUUGUAUUAAUUUACCAUUUCACCCACAAGAAAAUCAGUUUAGAAAGAAGUCUAUGUUUGAUAGUUUUGUAUUUUCUGAUCAGAGGAGAUAUUCUAAGCCGUUGGAUUCAAAUAGCUUGUUAAGAAGCAACCUCUCUAUCCAUCACUCUCAUUUAGCCGGUAGUGAGAAAAAUUCUUCUGAAUUAAUCAAGUCAGUAAUAGCUUCGAAGUUGGAACCACAGGAUAUUCCACAACAUUUUUCAGUUUUGUCUAAUCAAUCUUCUUUCGAUCGAAAUAGUAGUCGUAAAACAUCAGUAUCAACUGAUGAUACAAAGUGCUGUGCUCCGAAUGAAGGGGAUAUAUGUCUUGCUGUCCCCAUAGUUACACGUAGAGCUUCAGCAACGGACUAUGAGCUUCUCGAUAGUCGUUUAGGUAAAUCUAAAAGAUUGUUAGAUACUCCGAUAUCCAUAACUGUGACUGACACUCAUGCUGAGCUAGAUGGUAAAUUAACCUUAAAAAAUGAUGAUAUACAUACAUUGGGUACUCCAGGGUUAUUUUUAGAAGACCAAAAGUUUACUCGUCGAAACAGCUUUCUCUCUUAUUCUACAGCUGUCGAGGUCAAUGGCAAAGAGGAUCAAGAACCUACUGAUGAUGAUAAGCAUUUUCAUCCAUCUGCUGAAAUACAAAACAAGAUAGUAAGCUCAUCUUCAUUUUUCAGUGGACUGCAAACAAACGAGUCUAUAUUACUGGAUACGGAUACUGAUAAACAGAAAAUUAUGUAUAAACGACUUCCACCUAUUAUCACUUAUGACUGGAUCAAAUUCCCUGCUGGGAUUAUGGCUAUUGGUGUAAAGUAUUCUUCACAUGUUAGUAGUAAUCAAGAUCACAUCUUAGUCACACUGCACACAGGUAAAAAUCUGCUAUCUCCUCGCUUAUGGCAUAAAACAAUUUUUUGUGUUUACUGUACUAUAUCUAAUAAAGAAAUUACUCAAACAUUCACUGUUCACAGUAAAGAAACCGAAUUCGGUUGUCCACAGUUUUUAAAUCAUAAUGAGAUUUCAAUGAAUAUACCAGUAAGAAGAUGUUCAAUCUUAUCUGGAGCACAUGAUAUUGAAGCACCAAAAAUACAUAUAAAAUUGAAAAUUUUCGAAUCCAUUCCUAAGUGGUCUGGUGAUAAAGAAUAUUAUCACGGAUCUUGUAGUAUGUCAACAGAAGAACUUUCGAACGGUCAAAAGGAAUUUGAACACAUCGGAUGGUGUCUAGUUGAAGAAGCUUAUCCAGCAAUACGUUUAUCAGGUGAUAUGUUAAUUUCAAUAUGUCGUAAUCAAAGCAAAGGAUUUGUUAAUAUUCGAAUACAUGAAAUAAGAAAUUUACAAUUUCUUUCAUAUGGAAGAUGGAGAAUUGAAAACUUGAACGAUGCGUUAAAUAGCAGAGCUUAUGAAAUGACAGUAUAUAGCUGUUUGAUUAAUGCUGGCCAUAUAAUUAAGUCAAUCAAGGCAACAACAAUCCAUCAUCCUUCUCGAAGAACUUCAAAACAUUAUGAAACAGAUGUAGACAAAUCAACAGAAAACAAGCUAUGCGAAGCAAAAACUACUGAGACAAAAUCUAACAACUUCACACUCGUUGAUUGUUUUGUUCACUUUAGUCUACCUACAGUAAAAAAAUCUGUUGGUAGACAUUUAGCAGUUAAACAUGGUAUAACGAUAUACGUAAAAGGUAAACUACCGAUUUCAGAUUUAAUACCUUAUGAAUGCUUGAAUCAACUUAAACAAAUGUCAAUUACUAGUACACGUGUAUUAAAUGCUAUUGGUGAAUGCCAUUUUGGUGAUUAUGGCUUCCAGAGUGAUUCAAUUAAAGAUUUUAACAGGCCACCUUCAUGCCAUUCUAGUCAAGGCUUUUCAUUUUGGAAUGACGCAGGUUCGCGUAAUGGAACUCGUAUAUACCAGUGGUUACGUAUUGAAUGA